AUGUCAAGCCUACUGGAGAUUUUCUUUGUGAUCAUUUCGCUUGUAGAAUUCAUAAUGGGAACUUUGGGAAAUGGAUUUAUUGUCCUGAUAAACAGUACUUCUUGGUUCAAGAAUCAGAAAAUUUCUGUAAUUGAUUUCAUUCUUACGUGGUUGGCCAUCUCCAGAAUGUGUGUUCUAUGGACAACAAUUGCUGGUGCCUCUUUCAGAAACUUCUACAAGACACUAAGUUACUCUAAGAAUUUCCAAAUUUCUUUUGACAUUAUCUGGACAGGAGCCAACUAUUUAUGCAUAGCCUGUACAACCUGCAGCAGUGUCUUCUACUUGUUCAAGAUUGCUAACUUUUCUAAUUCAAUUUUCUUCUGGAUUAAACAGAGAAUUCAUAUGGUACUUCUGGCUAUUGUCCUAGGCACAAUCAUCUAUUUCUUUUUAUUUCUCAUUGCUAUCUACAAAUGGAUGAAAUUGGAACAAAACACAACAUUACCUGGUUUAGAUAAUCUAAGUGUUUUCUUAGUCUACCAGAGCUUCUACAAUGGGAUUCUCAUUUUCUUUUUUAUAGUGUCUCUGACCUCAUUUGUUCUUUUAAUCUUUUCUUUAUGGAACCACCUUAGGAGGAUGAAACUACAGGGCAUACAUACCAAAGACACAAGCACAGAAGCACACAUAAGAGCUAUGAAAACUAUGAUGUCAUUCCUCUUGUUCUUCAUCAUAUAUUAUAUUAGCAACACUCUGCUUAUUUUGGCAAGCUCUAUUCUUGACAAUGUUGCUGUACAAUUUUUCUCUUAUAACCUAACAUUUCUGUAUUUAUCUUUUCAUCCUUUUCUUCUGGUUUUAUGGAACAGCAAAUUUAAACGGGCAUUCCAGUGUGUAUUGAGAAAGCUGGUAUGUCAUAGUGGAGGUUAUCCUUGA